AGAAGCCUUUCCCUAUAUAUAUAUAUAUAUAUAUCUAUCUACUGCUUGAUCAGGUUUAGCUGGCUGGUUGGCUGCUGGGAAAGUGAUAUAAACCCUAACCCUCUCUUUAUUUCUUUGUUUCUUCUUCUGAUUGAGAUUUCUGUAGAUCUCUUCUUCUAGCUCUUCUGUAUCAAUAAUCAACAAAUAUGCAGCAGCCCCAACAAACCCCUUCGGUACCACCGGAAUCCGACCUACCUUCCCUGGCCGCCAUCAAGGUCAAAUAUUCCCAUUCCCGUGUUCCUCCUCAACCCUCCACUCCCAUGGCCAUCGCCUCCUCCACCCCCACCCCUACUGCUGGUGCCCAGCGCAGGAUCGGAAUAGCUGUCGAUCUCAGCGACGAGAGUGCUUUCGCCGUCAAGUGGGCUGUCCACCACUAUCUCCGCCCCGGCGACGCUGUCAUCCUCCUCCACGUCCGCCCCACCUCCGUCCUCUAUGGUGCCGACUGGGGCUCUGUCGAUCUCUCCAUCGUCGAUACUGACCACGAAUGUCACCAGAAGCUCGAGGACGACUUCGACACCUUCACCACUACUAAGGCCUCCGACCUUGCCCAGCCUUUGCUCCACGCUCACAUCCCCUUCAAAAUCCACAUUGUCAAAGACCACGACAUGAAGGAGAGGCUCUGCCUCGAGGUCGAAAGGCUAGGCCUCAGCGCCGUUAUUAUGGGUAGCAGGGGUUUUGGCGCUAUCAAGAGAGCAAACAGUGGGCGUCUCGGCAGUGUCAGCGAUUACUGCGUUCGUCAUUGUGUUUGUCCGGUUGUGGUCGUCCGUUAUCCGGAUGAUAAAGAUGAUGAUGCUGUUGCUGCUGCUGCUUCCACCGCCAACUCUUUGGAUGAUCCAAAAGAUUCCUAGGUUGUUGGUUCUUCUUGAACAUCAGAGAAUGGAAUGAAUUGGCUGGCUGUGUACGACUGUCAUGACAUGUAAAUGAACUUGCACUGAUUUCCUCACUUGUGUAAGUUUUUGUUGUAAUAACAAGCUUGUAUUGUUUUGUAUUGUAUUUUGUAUGCUUCUUUGUGUUGUUCCUCAGAACUAACCAUGAAGGUAGUAGUGUCUAUCGUCUUUUCUCCUUUUGGUUAUGAAACAGUCAAGAGAAUUUUAUAAA